CGUUAAGAGCUUUGUAAAGCAGGAACCCAUGGCCACACAGUCGGCGACUGCGAGUACUGGAACGACUUUAGCCUCCAGUACCCUCUUCACGUCAGCCGCUGGAGCUCCUGCCCAGAUAGUGGAAGUUCACAGUGGUGUCAGCUUGGCAUCAUUGGGAGUGUCUAACAAUACUACUGCCGUCGCCACUACGACCACGACGACAACAACAUCCUCCCAGUCCAAUAGUGCAAAGCGAGAUUCUGUAGUCGGAUCUCCUAAUCAAACCACCGGUAAUGUUAACAACAGUGUCGGUACCAGUGUUGUUACGGAAGUAGUAGGUAAACCAGAAGGUGUAGCAGCAGGAGUGGGAGCGGUGACAGGAGUACAUACGUCCGUAGAUAUUGAACCUGGUGUGGAUGCUGAAGAAAUGGGAGAAAUAGUAGCACCCGUUGGCACAACGUUAAUCUCGUCGGAGAAGCGACGGCGCCAUACGCUACCGAAGUUAGGCUCAGCCACUCACACUAUGAACGGAACAAUACGGCAACGCGUUCGCCGGGUGGCAUGUACAUGUCCCAACUGUGAAGUAAAGACAAGUGGUCCUCCAGAUCGCAAGAAGCAACACAUAUGCCAUGUUAGCGGUUGCAAUAAGGUAUACGGUAAAACGUCUCACCUGCGAGCGCAUCUACGGUGGCAUACGGGGGAACGACCAUAUACGUGUAGCUGGACCAAUUGUGGAACACGAUUUACGCGUAAAGAACAAAUGGUGCGGCAUAUGCUAUUGCAUACUGGUGAGAAACCACACAAAUGUAAUCAAUGUGAAAAAAAGUUCGGACGAAAGGACCAUCUCCAGAAGCAUAUGGAAAACAUGCACAACAAAGUAAAACGCGAUAAAAACGACUCAGGAUCUGACCACUCGGAAGCAUCGGAUAGUAACAAAUCAAAUAGUAAUGAAUGAAUUCAAUAAGGGUUAUGCUCGAAAUAUAAAUCAGUGCAUCGGAAGACUGAAUUGUAAACUCGUCAUCAUUUUGCAAUAGCCAAUAAUUGGCAUAUGGAAUUAUGGUAACGAAUAUUCUCUCUUUGUAGCUGAUAAGUGUACGAGAUCACGCUCCACCACGACUAUCUAUUUUGUUGCUGAAACAAACGAUGCUCAGCAGAACUCCUCUACCACCCCGAGAUCGUCGCCGUCAACUGAUACUCUGCUUCCGAGUCGGGUUCUAUCACGAUUAGAGCCCCCGGCAAGCAGGUACUUUGUUUUCGUCGCAUUGAUCCUCAAUCCAAUCCUAGCGGCCUCGCGUUUCAGUCGGGUGUACGCCUCGCACACCGCCGCAGAUGUCCGUCCGAUGAUGUCGAUAUCAUCCGCGAAGCCUAGGAAUUGGAGAGAUCGGGUAAAAAUCGUGGCCCUGAUGUCGAAGCCCGCGCUUCGCAUGACACCUUCCAGAUCGAUGUUGAACAGCA